GGGCCGCUGCCGUGCCGACCAAACAGGCGCGGGCGCGGGGGCGGGGGCGCGCACGGGAGGACGAAAGGCUAGUCGAGCCAGGCCUAACGCGGAGUCGCCGAGGACGGGGACAAAGCAGAGUGGAGAGGGGAGGAGGUGAGCGCGUGGAGGAAGCGAUGCGGCGGGUGAGGCCGCCGCCGGCGCCGGUGCCGGAGGGGGCGGAGGUGAAGUACCGCGGGGUGAGGCGGCGGCCGUCGGGGCGGUACGCGGCCGAGAUCCGGGACCCGGCCAGGAAGACCCCGAUCUGGCUCGGCACCUUCGACUGCGCCGAGGCCGCGGCCCGCGCCUACGACGCCGCAGCCAGGUCCCUACGGGGCGCCGCUGCGCGGACCAAUUUCCCCUCCGCUGCCGCGGCCGCGCCUGCGGCGACGCCGCCCCCGGUUUUGGCGCCCGCGGCUGCAGCCGCCGCAGCGACCUCUAGCCACAGCAGCACCGUCGAGUCCAUGAGCGGCGGCUGCGGCGCACCGGGCGCUGCCGCCGCCACGGCCGGGGUCAUCCGGGCCGCCCCGGCCGCCGAGGAGGACUGCCGCAGCUACUGCGGGUCCUCCUCGUCCGUGCUGUGCGAGGACGGCGCGUCGGGCGCCUGCGACGAGGCCGCCGCGCCGCCACGCCGCGCUCCACUGCCCUUCGAUCUGAACGCGCCGGACCCGGAGGCCGACGAGAUGGACUGGCGCUGCGACACGCUGCUCCACCUCUAGCCUCCGAGAACCAACUACAACCAGCAGCAAGCGCUGCCCAACUGCAUUGUGUGGCAUAGCCAGAAACCAUUCACAUCAUCAGUUGCAUGCUGCAAAAUACUGGGAUCUUACAAGCUUCAUCAUCGGUGCUAUGUCACCAGCUGAAGAUGAGUCAGGGACAUCAGGAGCACCACAAUUCACAAGUUCAGGCUAAACUACCGCAAUGUUUUGUUGGUCGUUGCUUCCGCUACUUCGUCCCUUCCAUUUGGAUAGGGUGACCUGCCAUGGAUAAGUGUUUGAUGGAAUAUUCAUGGAUGAUCGCAAUAAUUCUCUGAUGCAUACUUAUUCUUCUUGCGCAUAC